AGGUCCCCCGGGACCCGGUCACGUGACCAACCCAUGUCACGUGACGUCAGCGGCAGAUGGCAUGGGUACCAGCUCUGGCAGUUGGCAUCAGUGUCAUUUCUCUUAGCGCGAGACGAGGAGAACAGUAGGGAGGUGAGAAAAACGCACGAGCUGUUCACCUGCUAAAACACCAAGCGGAAAUAAAUUUGAAAUAGGAAGUAUGAAAACUUUCAUCUGACACCAUCAUUAACCAGUAAGAUCACAAUGCUGACUCUUCCAUUUGAGGAUCCUGUCAUAAUGGACACUCAAUUCGGGGCAAACUUUCCAAGGGACUGCGUGGGUGAAAUGAAGGUCACUAAACAAGAGCCGUUUAAAAAGGAGGAGACGCUCUCCCACACGAUGGAGGAUGAGGAUUCGGAGAAGGAUGAGGACGAACGGGAGGACGGACAGGACGAGAACGGUCUGCCUCGGAGGAGAGGGCCUCGGAAAAAGAAAAUGACCAAAGCUAGGGUGGACCGGGUCAAGGUGAGGCGCAUGGAGGCAAACACCAGGGAGAGGAACCGAAUGCACGGUCUGAACAACGCCCUGGACAGCCUGCGCAAGGUGGUGCCCUGCUACUCCAAAACCCAGAAACUGUCGAAAAUCGAAACCCUGCGGCUGGCCAAGAACUACAUCUGGGCGCUUUCCGAGAUCCUGAGCAACGGGAAGAGGCCUGACCUCUUGACCUUCGUUCAGACCCUGUGCAAAGGGCUAUCGCAGCCCACCACCAACUUAGUGGCCGGAUGCCUGCAACUGAACUCAAGGAACUUCAUCACGGAUCAGAUCAACAGCGAGGCGUCUUUCUCCGGCAGGUCGCCGUAUGAAUCCGUGUACACCACCUACCACAGUCCGAGUGUGGUGACGCCCUCGGGACCCUCGGUAGAUGCGGUCAAACCCUUCAGGCCGUUCAACUACUGCAGCUCCUAUGAGUCUUUCUACGAGAGUGUCUCGCCGGAAUGCGGAAGCCCUCAGUUCGACGGUCCCUUAAGCCCUCCUAUGAACUUUAACGGGAUCUUUUCCCUCAAGCACGAAGAGCCGGUCGAAUAUGGCAAGAGCUGCCACUACAGCACGCGCUACUGCGCCGUGCCGCCGCGCUCCUCCAUCAGCCAGAGCGCGAGAGGCUCCUCGGAUCUCCAUUUCCCAUAUGACAUUCACCUCCGAGGCCAGUUUUACCCCGUGCAAGAAGAAUUAAACACUUUUCAUAAUUAAUGAGAGAAAGUCAAACGUGAGUGAAAAGAACCGAAAAAGCAGGACUGAAAAUCGCACAUGUAUUAUUUAUAAACUCCAUCUCUGAUUUGGGCUUUAUGGCAUCGGAUGUUUCAUUAUUUAUCAUUUUUAAUUAAAUGGAAAAUGUGCUUACAGUGUUCCUAAUUACUGUUUGAAUUGAUUUUAAACUGUUCGACAAAAUGUGUGCGAAAACAACCCACAAACAAUAACAUUAUUUUUAAUAUUCUCAGUUAAUUUAAUGGCUUGAAUGAGUUUUUAUAGAUCUGAAAAUCUGUCAGUAAGGACUCUCGCUCCAAAAGGCGUAUUUUAAUUAUAAGGUCAUUAAAAUAUUUGCGAUUAAAAUUCUGUAAAAUAGGAGAGCAAUAAUUGCUAGGGGUGCUAUGCAAUACACAAGUCUAUCACUCUCGAUCUGGCCAUGUAUUUAGCCAUUUAAUUUGUCUAAACGAUAUUCGCACAAAGUACAAAAUAUUGGUGUUAAAAUACUUCAUAUCUCAUCAUUUUGUAAUACAUAAAUGCCUUUAUUCGUUUAUAAAAGUAACAUAAAUAAACGUAAGAACAUUAAAUGCAUUUAUUUCCUUUGAAUCAAAAUCUCAUCAUGUAAGAAACUUUCGUGAUGUUUUACACAGGGCACUAUUUAAAUGUUAGUAAAAAAAUGGAUUCAACCAUUUGUUAUUAUUGUUGUUGUUAUUUACAAUAAUAUAUAUUCAUAUGCUAAGACCACCACAAAGAGGCAAAUAUUAAAUCAAUUUGUUGUCCUAUUAAAAAUGAUAUAUUUAAAAUAUAUACAGGCAAUUGAAGUAAUAAAAAAAGAAAUAAUAAUGGUAGCCUAUAUUAAUAAUUUGUUCGUUUCAUUGAUUUCAAUUUUUCUAUUUAAAUUUAUAGAUGUAGACAAACUAGUCCAAAGCACCCUCUUAAUUUCCAAAUAUUUCAAAUAACUCAUAUUUGUCUAUGCGCAUAAUUUUCAGAAGUAUGAUAAAGGAAUAUCAGAACACGAUGAUGUAAUUAUGCAACAGAUUGUUUGACAAUUCUGUCUUUUCUCAAAUGUAAAGUCGAUAUAUUGCGUUCAUUCUCGGAACAAUCACUGUAAGCAAAUGCAAAUGAAGCAUGUAAAAUCAAAUCUCUAAUGGAAAGGUCUGUGUGCUGUCUAGUGAACUCAUGUCAAGGGAAAACCUGCCUUAAUAUAUUUGUCACGCAUCAUUUAUGCAAUGCCAUGGACGUCUGCAGUGGUGGAUUCGUGCGUUUUGAUUUUUCUCACCAAACGGGAUUUUUGUUUUUGUGUGUGUUUGUGUGUGCAAAAAUGACUGAAUGCACAGAAACUGAUCUUUGUAUAAUGUCGAGCUGUUUUGUACAGUAAAAUAAAGUUUAA